GCUUGUUAGAUGCGAAUCGGACUUUGCGGUCGUGGGAAAAUGCAGUUCCGUUGUCGGAGUUCGAUAACCAGGUCAACCUGACGGAAACGGUGCUUGCAAGGCGCUAUGCUGGUCGUGGCGACGUACGGUGGAGAGGUGGACCCACAAGCUAGCUUCCCAAUGAACGGCAACCGCUUAGUUCAAUGAGAAAGAAGGACACACCAAAGCGAUGCUCUCGGUCGAUGGUUCUCGUAAAAAGCGUACGAUGGUUCUCGGUCGUCCUGGGAAAAAAGGAUCAGCUCGUAGGACCAGCAAACGACGACGACAACAACCGCCCCUACAACCCUAUGCGCCUCCGAGACGUUGAAGCUCGAUACACUACUCGCGGAAAAGGCUAUUCUAUUCACGUCAAAAAUCCAAAAACACGUACCUCUUUCACCCAACACAUCAAUCUCUCUCCCAGGCCCGGCGAUCUCUGUCCCGUGCGCGCUCUGGAAACCGCCCUCAGCUGGCACUGUGCUCGACGACAUCCUCCGAACACUCCACUCUGGCUCAUAUCGGAAACUGAGGAAGCUACUCCAUCCUGGCUACGCGGUUUGUUAAUGGCCGCGAUCGGCGUCGACGCGGGCACUUCAUCCUUUCGCGCUGGUGGAGCGACACAGCUGGCCACAUUCAGUUACUCGGUCGUUGGGGUUCGGAGUCGUUUCGCGACUACAUUCGAGCGCACUGUUGUCGACUGUUACGGCGCCGUGAUGUAACAUGAUGUGCUCGCCCCGAUGACAAGGAACGAGGAAUACGGGCGUCUCUAUCCGACAUCUUGCACCUAGAACG